AAAACAAUCAACACAAUGUCCGGUCACGAAGAUGAUGAUCAUGAUGUCGAGCGGGAGAUUCAUGUGGAUGUCGAUUCAGAUUCAAGAAUGUCCUGCGGAACGGGAUCGGAUAUCGAUUUGGAUGGCAGUUGUUAUGAUGAAUCAGAAACUCCUUUAAGUGAAUCCCUUCAAUCAGAACAAACAAGAUCAUCCUCCAGUGAGAACCUGCCAUUUAGCAUAUCCCGCCUGCUAUCAAAUCCCUACGAAAAUAACAAUAAAAGUCCCGAUAAGGAUCUCAAUCAAAUCGACAGUGAAGCAAUGGCUGCAUAUAAAUUAGCCACCAGUAUUGCUUCAUCGCCGUAUGGAAGUGCUGCUACUGCUCUCUAUUCAUAUCCACAUUUGUACUCAUCUGGUCAUGUGCUGCGAGUUCCACCACAAAGAUCACCAUUGACAUGGGCCCUGCCGCCAUUGCAUCAUGCUGCGUUAGCGCAUCAAGCUGUUAAAGAUCGUUUGGCUGCUGCGUUUCCCAUUGCCCGUCGAAUUGGUCACCCAUACCAAAAUCGAACGCCACCAAAGCGAAAAAAGCCAAGAACAUCAUUUACCCGCAUUCAAGUUGCCGAAUUGGAGAAAAGAUUUCACAAACAAAAAUAUCUUGCUUCGGCGGAACGAGCUGCACUGGCGCGAGGUCUUAAAAUGACAGAUGCACAAGUGAAAACGUGGUUUCAAAAUCGAAGAACAAAAUGGAGAAGGCAAACAGCAGAAGAACGAGAAGCUGAACGACAAGCAGCAAAUCGUUUAAUGAUGUCAUUACAAGCUGAAGCCAUUAGUAAAGGUUUUCCACCACCUCCAGCCCCCAUUCAAUCGCAUCCCUCACAAACGGUUAAUGGUGCACCAUUGGCUGCUCUGCAUGGUCUUCAGCCUUGGGCUGAGCAACAUCCUGCCGGAUGCUAAUAGUAUUGAAGGUUUUUCCUUUAUAGAAAAUAAAAUUUUAAAAAAUUUAAAAAAACAAAGCAAAAUCAACACACCCUAUUUUGUGAUAUGGAAAACUUAAGAUAUUCCGCUGUUUUGUAAAUAUUUAUUAA